GCGGGGCGCGGGGGGGGAUGCUGCUGGCGGAGGCUGAGCCGCCCUCCCCCCUGAGUUCCCGCCGGGCCGGCCCCAAUCCGGAGGCCGAGCCGUAGGCUGCGCGCUCCGCGCCCCGGGCCCCCUGGGCGCCACGCUCUCGCGCGCGCGCUUUAAUGCAGCAGCUCCCGAGUCGGCUGCUCCGUGUCUCCUCUGGCUGGGACGCACCCGGACGGCGCCCGGAGCGGCCUGCAGACACCGCCUCCCGCAGUCGCCUGCAGCGCGUCCGCGCUCGCCUGAACCAGAGUCCCUGCAGUCCCCGGGAGUGGGUGGGCCGGGCCGGGGCAGCCCCACUAAGGCGGGAUGUUCAUGUCCAAGUCCAACUCGGUGUCGCCCUCGCCGUCCUUGGAGCAGGCCGACUCGGACGCUCUGGACAUCAGCACCAAAGUGCAACUCUACGGCGUGCUGUGGAAGCGGCCCUUCGGGCGGCCAUCCGCCAAGUGGUCCCGGCGGGUGUCAUCCCUCUGGGUGGCUGCCUGGUGGAGGCCAGGGAAGAGCCCAGCAUGCCCUACGCCAUGAGAAUAUCCCACCAGGACUUUCAUGUGCACCGUGGCCCCUCUUCCUGGCAGGGGAACAUAUUGCUGGCGGCAGAGUCCGAGUUUGAGCAGACGCAGUGGCUGGAGAUGCUGCAGGAGUCGGGGAAGGUGACCUGGAAGAACGCCCAGCUGGGAGAAGCCAUGAUCAAAAGCCUGGAGGCCCAGGGGCUGCAGUUGGCCAAGGAGAAGCAGGAGUAUUUAGACAAACUGAUGGAGGAGACUGAAGAACUCUGCCUGCAGAGGGAGCAGAGAGAGGAACUUGAGCGCCUUAACCAGGUGCUGGAGGCUGAGAAGCAGCAGUUUGAGGAGGUGGUGCAGGAGCUGAGAGUGGAGCAGGAGCAGAUCAAGAGGGAGCUAGAACUGACUGCAAGAUGCCUCAAGGGGGUGGAGCAAGAGAAGAAGGAGCUGAGGCACCUCACAGAGUCCUUGCAGCAGACGCUGGAGGAGCUCUCGAUAGAGAAGAAGAAAACCCUGGAAAUGCUGGAGGAGAAUGAGAACCAACUGCAGACACUGGCCAGUCAGAGCGAGCAGCCUCCUCCCGAUGAGGGUCUCCACAGCAACCUAAGGCAGAUCGAGGAGAAGAUGCAGCAGCUGUUGGAGGAGAAGCUCCUGGCAGAGAAGCGGAUGAAGGAGAACGAGGAGCGCUCGCGGGCCUUGGAGGAGGAGCGCGAGUUCUAUUCCAGCCAGUCCCAGGCGCUGCAGAACUCGCUGCAGGAGCUGACGGCGCAGAAGCAGCAGGCCGAGCAGGAGCUCAAGGCUGAGGUGAAGGUCCGUAUGGACCUGGAGAGGCGUCUGCGGGAGGCUGAGGCGGCCCUGAGGAGCCUGGAACAAGGGCUCAACUCCAAGGUGCGGAACAAGGAGAAGGAGGAGAGGAUGCGGGCUGACGUGAGCCAUCUGAAAAGAUUCUUCGAGGAGUGCAUCCGGAACGCGGAGCUGGAGGCCAAGAUGCCGGUCAUCAUGAAGAACUCCGUGUACAUCCACAAGGCAGCCACUCGCCGCAUCAAGAGCUGCCGUUUCCACCGGCGCCGGUCCAGCACCACCUGGAAUGACAUGAAGCCGUCCCAGUCCUUCAUGACCUCCCAGCUGGAAGCCAACAACAUAGAGGAGCUGAAGGAGGUGGCUAAGCGGCUGAGCCGAGACCAGCGCUUCCGGGAAUCCAUCUACCACAUCAUGGUGACUCAGCCUGGACCACCCUCGGCACUCCCCAAGGGUGGGAAGUGAAGGACUUUCCUCCCCGCCUCCUAGGUCUCUCCUGGGUGGGGCCUGGGAAGGGGCCGCAGCGGGGGCCCGACUCUGCCAGGCUUCUCUCAGCUCCCCUCUGGGCCAGGCCUGCUCCUGGGGGCAGCCUCACCCUCAAAGGACAGGGACACUACCUCCCUCACCACGCCCACCCCCACCCCAGGCUCUACCCUCGGUCCGUACCAGGCCCAUGCAGGCCCAGCCAGGUGCUGCCUGGUUGUUACGAUGAGGCCAGGAAGAGGCCUGGUUGCAUGUGGAGACAUUUUUUUUUGGUCAGGGAGUGUGGUGGGCAGGGCCCACAGCUCUCUGUCAUGCCCGCUCUACCUCUCUGUGACUCUGCCACCCCGCCUGCCCUGGUGUGUGCAGGCCUCCCCUCCUCACCUUGAUACUUGCCUCCCCUGAGGGGCUUCCUAAUGCUCUCUGCUUCAGCAACCUAUAGACAUCCCGCAGUCGGGGGCCCUCACUCACUUUGGCCACAUCUGGGCUCAUGGCAUACCACACCGCCACAGUAUCGCCUUUCCUGAGGUUGGCCCUGGCUGUGGGAUCACCUGCUCGCUCCCCUCCGCAGGCGAGCUCAUCCACCUACAGCCUCAGCACCCUAUGAGGGUGAUGUAAUGGCCCCCUUACCCCCCUCCCCCCCACUGCAUCCCACCUGCAUAUGUGCCUAGGGCCCUGGCCCCUGAUUGGGAGCUGGGCAUCAGCGAUGCUGAGAGCUCCUCCAGAGGACUCAUCUAGUCAGGCAGGGGAUGAAGGUGGCCCUGGCUCCUGCAGUAGGAGGGCUGCUCCCUCUGGCUACGGUGGCCCUGUUGGUCCAUGGUGUCCCAGAUGACUCUCUCCCAGCUGCCCCUGCUUUGGUGGCCUUGCUCCCUCCUCUCCCUGCAGAGGCUGUACCCGGUGAAGCAGUGUGACCGUGAACCCUGGAAGGUGGGGGCCUGGGCCUGCGAAAUGGCCAGUAGCCAUUGGUUGGCCCCAUGUCAACAGGGGUGAAGCUGAAACACCUAUCUGCAGCCUUUGUGGGAAACCACCACCCUCCACGAGGCUGAGGGUUGUGGCGUGUGUCCCUCACCCAGUCCUUCUCCUGCUAGGCCCACCCUCCAAAGCCUCCCGAGUCUGUGGGUCUCUCCAGAAAGGAAAUCUGUCUGGGGUCAGGGUGCUCUGGGACACUGGUGGCAUUAAAGGUGCUGUGUCUGCUGCUUGGAAAACUGAGGGAGGGGCUCAAUCUGAGGGACGGACAGAUGGCUGUAGGGUCAGUCCCUGCAGAGGCGCAGGUCCCUGGGGACUUGUGUGGGACUAUUCUGUGGGGGGAAGAGUGUCUCCUGCUCUGUGCUCGGAGCUGCUUGGUGAAACUAAUCUCGGCGGUCCCUCCUCCGUGGUGGGUGGACUUGGACGGCUGCAGCCAAUCCCUUCCAUGUCUAGGUGCAGACGGAGGUGGAGGUGCUUCAGAAUCAAUGCCUCUAAAUUGGAAUCUAAAUUUAAAACCUUCAAACAUGUAGAAACCCGCAUAAACUUGGAAAUGACUUAUGCAGUGUGUAUGUAGGAUGGACUUUGAAAUGUGGGAGAAGAUUUAUAAAGCCAAGAUUGCAGCUGUAUUUUUUGCAUCUUUAUUUUUAAAGCAUUAGACUAAUACUGGUUUGCUUUUGGAGAAAGAUCUUUUGGGCAUUUUCAAAUGCAUUUCUUUUUUCUGGGCUAGCUCUUAGCCAGAAAGGAAAGUGUUUUUCCCUGCACCUUCACCAAUCCCUAGUGUCUUUCCUCCCGUUUCACCCUGUACUUACCAUGCCUCAGGCCCAUCUGGGUUAUCUUCAACAAACUGGUCAAUUCACAAGUAUUUAUUUGUUAAAAACUCACUCUGUACCUAUUACUGUAAAUAGAAAAAGAGCAAUAUCCCUAUAUGAGAAUAUGUAAAGGUGGAAAUUGCUUACUGGAAAUAUAUUGAUCUGAUUUUUUUUUAAAAAACAAAACUUUUAUUCCUUGGCCAAUUAAAUGUU